AUGUCACAUUCUGAUAUAAAACUGUAUACAAAAUGUUUGAAUUUUGCUGCCAAGAAACACAAGGAUCACAGACGAAUGGACGCAGCAAGUACCCCUUAUGUGAAUCACGUCAUUGGGACUGCAUAUAUUCUAAGCAAUGAGGCUGGUGUAAGAUGUCAAAGGCUGCUUAUGGCAGCUUUUUUGCAUGACACUGUUGAAACCACUAAUACGUCUUUUGAAGAAAUCGAAUCGUAUUUUGGAAAAUUUGUGCGUGAUCUCGUCGAGGAGGUAUCAGACGACAUGAGUCUUCCUAAACCAGAACGCAAACGUCUGCAAAUCGAGAGAGCUCCAAAUAGCAGUUUUGCAGCAAAACUCCUAAAACUGGCUGAUAAAUUAUACAAUUUAAGAGAUUUGGAUACAACUAUACCUGUCGGUUGGACUGAAGAAGAUUGUGAUGAAUAUUUCGAGUGGGCAGCCAAAGUCAUCAAGGGUCUGAGAGGAACUAAUGCUGAAUUAGAAAAACAAAUUGAUAUUAUUUUACAGAAAAGAGGAGUUUUGUAA